AUGGGUGAGGAUAAUCUGGCCAGAAUUUUCGGUCCCACAAUUGUCGGCUACUCCUCUUCCGACCCCACAGCCAUGCAGAUUGCCAGUGAAAUACCCACUCAACAGUUGGUUGUUCGCCUCCUGUUUUCUGUUCCGGACUCUGUGUUCUCCACGGUUCUCAACUCCCUCAAUGGCUCAGCCAGGAGCAGCUGCCAGAGCGGUAAGAGCGGUAGCUCCUACUUCCAACCACUGCCCAUAUCGGUCGGUGUGGGCAAUAAUGGUGACAGCGCGAUGCCUGCCUCUCAGCUUCCUGCGUCUGUGACGACUACUCACAAUGACGUUACCACCCAGGGCCGCUUCUUUGAAAAACUCUUUUCACGGAAUCGGGAUUAG